UCUUAUAAAUCGCAUAUUACCACACAGCUGUGUAAAAAUCCAGGACCCAGGGAUGCCCAGGAUGGAGACGCGCGUGGCCAAGGCGGUUGUGACGCGUGCAGAGAGCUGGAGUCGCGAACCGCCACCCGCUCCCGGUCCCCAUGGCGUCGGCCACCCGCGCCCCCGCGAAGCCCCCACAGAUCCUAGUCCUCGACCCGCCCGCAGUCCUCAAGUUCAAAGGCCCCUUCACCGCGGUGGUCACGACGCACCUUAAAUUGCACAACCCGUCAGAGAGGAAAGUGUGCUUUAAGGUGAAGAGCACGAACCCUCACCUCUAUUGCGUGCGGCCCAACAGCGGCGUCAUCGAGCCGGGCAGCACAGUGACGGUCGAGGCCAUGCUGCAGCCUUUCAACUACGACGCCAGCCAGGAGGUCAAGCACAAGUUCAUGGUGCAGACAGUGUUUGCUCCCCCGGACACCUCGGAUCUGGAGGCUGUGUGGAAGGCGGCAAAGCCCGGUGAACUAAUGGAUUCAAAACUGAGGUGUGUAUUUGAAAUGGAAAGCAACAAACAGGAAACAGGCUUGAGACUCAGAAAGGCAGCGCAUCCUGACAAGCCGGAGCCUACCUCUUGCACAAACUUGAAGCACCGUCGCACCAUUUCCCUUCCUGUUGUACUGCUGGUGAUUGGAGCAGGUUUCAUUGGAUUCCUUUUAGGGAAAUACGUCUUGUAGAGUGAGGUGUGCACAACACCAAUUCUCCCUACCCUACCCCGACUUAGACCAGAAAAAAAAACAAACAAAAACCACGUUUCUCUACUCACCAUCUCAUUGGAAGUAUAUGGCCCACGGUGACCAACUUUGCAUAUGGUAUCACAUAAGCUUCGCCCCUAACGAUCUCUCGUGGUUGGAGGAUGCAAUAAACAAGCAAACCAAAUAAAAAACAAUUGGGCUACUAGACAGAUUGCAUGUCAUCACUUCAUCACAAGCCAGUUGCCCAUU